UUGUUUUCAAAUUUUGUUUACACUGUUUUAUAGAAAUAUAAUGUCUUGGUUUUCCCAAUAAAUAUCAAAGGCGAACUUACAACUGGAUAUUAUAAUUAUGAUGUCUGAUAUGGAAACUUCUAUAAGAGGAUUUUCAUUUAUGCCGGGAACGGAGGUCAAAAUUAAAGGUUUAGAUUUACAGUACGUAGAAGACAGCGAGCUAGAGAGAGCUUGGAGAUCGAACCGACGUGAACGCAUAAAGCAGCAAGAAGAAAAAAUAUGGAAUGAAUUUAUUGAAGAGCAGGAUAUUGUACGGACUGUUUAUGAAAGUGAUCCAUAUCAAUUUAUUGAACAAUUAUCAGAAUCCUGUUUGAAUGAACUGUUGCAUAAUCAUUUAAAAAAAGUACAAGAGAAAGAUAAGAAAACAGAAGUUGAAAUAAAUUGUAAAGAUGAAGAAAUAGCAUCACCUGGUGAAGAAAGUCCUGUAUCAACAGAGAGCACAGAGCACGACAAGUGUGAUGAUGAUAACGUCUUCCACAUAUUUCAUGAGGAUAAAGAUGAUGAGGGGUUUUCAGGUUAG